AGGGCGACAGGGGAGACUUCCGUUCGUGCAUUUUACUUGCAGAGCUUGGAGAUGUAGCGCGUUUUCAAAUAGCAUCGAACUGUAUAGCAUAAUUGAAAUGACGUUAUUAACCAAGCAACUGUUGAAAGAUAUGACGGGCUGCUGAGACGCAGGCAACACAUCACACUAAUUGGCCAUGGACAGUAAUGAAAGUGUCAAAAUACUUCGAUUAAAUGCAACGAAGGCCGGCUUGCAAGGUGUCGACAAGGAAUUCGUAAAUAAGGUGAUCCAAGAAAUUUCCAAAGGAACACCGUACUAUGAACACCAACAGAAACGCCAGCAAAGAAUUGACAAGAAGGUCGAAGCCAUGCUGUGUGAGUUGAGCAAACUGUCUCCUGCACAGAUACAACCAGAAGAAGAAAAGAUGAACCACUUGGCAGAGAAAAUGGAACGAAGCCGAAAUCUUGAUCGAGUGAUCGUCCACAUUGACAUGGAUGCUUACUACGCUGCAGUCGAAAUGCGCGACAACCCUGCAUUGCGCGAUGUACCAAUGGCAGUCGGGUCCAUGGGAAUGUUGUCAACAUCGAACUACGAGGCCCGCAAGUUUGGUGUCCGAGCGGCAAUGCCAGGUUUCAUCGCUAAGAAGUUGUGCCCAUCCCUGGUUAUUGUCCCACCCAAUUUUGAAAAGUAUACAGCUGUGAGUGCAGAUAUACGGCGCAUAUUGGUACACUACGAUCCGAACCUGAUGCCGGUGAGCCUGGAUGAAGCGUACCUCGAUAUCACAGAAUACUUGGUUGAACGUCUCAAUCAGGACGUCACUGCAGAUGACAUAGUAGAAGCAACUGUGAAACAAAUACGUCACGAAAUUUUCAAAGCAACGGGACUAACUGCGAGUGCCGGUAUAGCACCAAAUACUUUCCUCGCAAAAGUGUGCUCCGACAUUCGCAAACCCAACGAUCAGUACCGACUGAUAGGUGACAGGGAUGUUGUGAAAGCCUUCGUGGAUACUCUUUCCAUCCGGAAGGUCCCUGGCAUAGGAGCUGUCCAGGAACAGCUUCUCCAGUGCCUCGGUGUGAGGACAUGCGGUGACCUUUGGGGAAAACGGGGCCUCAUUGGACAUUUCUUUAGCCCCAGCUCUGUUCAUUUCUACUUGAGGGUAUCGUUAGGUCUUGGCUCUACACUUGUCCGAUGUGAUUCUAGCCAGAAGUCUAAAAGUGUUGAAGAAACAUUUGCAGAGAUGAGCUCCCCAUCAGACCUCUUUUGCAAGUGCUCGGAAUUGUGCCAAAGGCUUUGCGAACAGUUAGCAGAAGACAAAAUAUCCGGCAAGGUGGUGACACUGAAGCUGAAGACUGUAUCGUUUGACGUGAUGACACGAAGUGUGACGCUGGAACUUCCCACGCGAGAAUUAGGACCGGUUCAACAGGCUGCAUUUCGUCUUCUGAGACACGAAAUAGACAGUCUGCAUCCUGAUCCACUUCGUCUACGUCUCAUGGGUGUACGUUUAGCAGGUCUAGUUGAAGAGAACACUCAGAAGUCAGCUGUGCAACCAACCCUCUCCGCCUUCCUGUCACAGAAAUCAGAUAUCACUUGUCCUGUGUGCCAAAAGGCACUGCCAAUGUCAAGCUCCGAGGACAUCAACUCUCACAUAGAUAGCUGCCUCGGUGACACAGCUCCGGAAGAUUGUACCAGCAGCACCAACCUUAACAUGUCAGUACAGUGCAGUGGCCUGCAGACAGCAUCUGAAACUCAAGACUCUAGUUUGAAUGAUAGUGCAGGAAGUUGUUUCCUCAAUUUAACGGAUCAUGAUACAGAGGAGAGAGUUUCACAGAUGCCCCUUAGAUGCCCUGUCUGUGAAUUUCCUCUGAAAGACACGGAUCAAAGAAAAAUAAAUGAACACAUCGACACUUGUCUCAGCAAGCCAGCAAUUAAAGAAAUGCUGUCAUCUCAAGAGUGCGCCGUGACACCGCAGGCAUCGGAAAAGAGGAAAACGCCCACCUCCCAGCGUUCUCAGCGGUCGCAGAAGAGGAUAAAGCCAAAUUCUGAGACACCAUCUAACACUAUCACUCGCUACCUCUCUCAGUCAUCUUGAUUGUGUCAAGUUACGCUCAAAUGGGAGUCAUUUUCUACGAGUGAUUAUUGCUGUGUAGUGACAAUCUGAUAUUUAUAAUAGGAUUAGAUUAGGAACUCAGGGACACGUUUUCUCCAGAUGUACACCAGCUGGCUAUUCUAUUCCUACCUUCGCUAAGACUAGGAGUGUGACUACGCAAAUUUCUUGAUAUAUGAAUCAAAUGAGAGUCUACCUGAUAUAAGCUUCAAGUGGAAGAAAGCUUGCAAAUACUAAUGCGUGCCACCACGGACCUCUACACUAACAAAAUCUGGGACUGUGCAAUGGAUAUUGCGCCCUCGACUGCUGAAGGACCCAUUUUGGUGAGCUAAGUCACAGGAGCAUGCUUUUUUGGGACAGUGUGGAUCAGUUGCAGCAAAAACUUGAACAUCCAGGUUUUCCUUACGUUUUUUUGUAAAGACAAUGAGUUCUUUCUUUCUUUUUUUUCCACCGAGUUCUGGAUAAGCGGGGCACGACUAGUUCGUGUAGCUCAGUGAGGAGUGCAUAUUUGUACUUGAGAGUGGAAAUGUAGUUUAUGCAGUGGAUUAGUUAUCUCUCUCUCUCUCUUUCCAUGUCAUUGAAUAGAGGGGCGGAUCUAUGGGUCGCCGGGACGCCCUGACUCUCCCCCAGUUCCUGUCAUCACCACUUUAAUUUGUCAUUGUCUGUUUCGAAUGAUCUUGUGCAACGCAUGUAGCGUGUCCUAGACUAGGUCCCUCUUCAGAAAAAUCCUGAAUCCACCCCUGAUUGAAUGCCACUUCAGAGUUAUUUCAGAGUGUAUUGCUUUGUAAUAUGUUUGUAUUUCCAUUACUCUUGUGCAGUUUUGUUUCUUCACCAACAUUGAACAAGCUGUCUAUAUGCAUAAAUACUUUUGACAAUAUUUGCCUCAAGAUGCCGAUCGAUGGUCUAUUAUGCGAUGGCAUUGACACAAAUUUUAGGCCACUGUGUACUUGGGAUUGAAUCCAAUAGAGAAGUAUAUAACGUAGCUCUCACUUGAUUUUUCCCAGAUGUUGUGAAAAUACAGCAGCUGUUACUUUCAUUGUGCACUGAGACUGCUUUUUACGUGAGCCCAUCGCAGUUAAAGUAUCCUAAUUGUUCAUAUUGUGCUCAUUCUCUAGGUUGAACAUCCCCAAAAGUUGAAUGCAAAUUGUGUUGCAAGUGUCACGUAGUAAAGUUAUACUGUUAAUA